UCCGUCCUUCUGAUGAGAAAGGGACCAUGAUCAGCUUGCCUAGUAGCAUGUAUACAUGUGAAACACUAGAAACCUUGGAUCUCUGUGAUUGCCUUCGUUUGGAUGUUCCUUUUUCUGUUCGUCUCCCGUCUCUGAAAACUUUGGUACUUAUAGACGUGGAGUACGCAGACAACAAGGUGUCGUCUCUUACAAGGCUUUUAUCCGGUUGUCCUAAUCUUGACUCUCUUUUUUUGGUCCAUGAUAACCUGGACGUGGCUCUCAUGGUUCCUUCUCUUCGGAAAUUGAGAAUGUAUAAUAACGGAAGAUACCAAAAGGGUGGCGGGUUUGUGAUAGAUGCUCCGUCUCUCGUGUCCCUAUACAUUCGAGAUUAUGUCCUUUACCACUUCCAUCGAAUUGAGCAUAUGCCUAAGUUAGAAGAAGCACAUGUUGACAUGAUUCAAACAGUACGUAACUACAAGUUUCUGAAAGCUUUUACUUGUGCCCGCUCGCUUACUCUAUGUUUAUCCUUUUCUGAGGUACGCACAUUACCACCACAUUUAUAUAUAUGAAUUAAAAGGAAUGAAAUGUUUGUCUUCACUUAUAUGUUGUUGUUGUUGUGUACAGGUUUUGUCUCCUUGUGGCAUGAUCUUCCACAACCUCGUUUAUCUGACACUGAAUACAUGUUUUCUUGGUUGGUGGGAUCUUCUCACUCAUAUGCUCCAAGAUUCUCCCAAGCUAGGAUCGCUCAAACUCAUUGAUGUAAGCAAUGCGGUUUUCUUUAAUUAAUUUUAUGCUUUUGAUCACCUCUCUCUAUAUAUGAUUGUUGAUGUUAAAAUUUUAAUGUUUGGUCUUCAUUAGGAACAUGAGCUUGCCGAGUUUACUAGUAUAGAAACCCCGGAUAGCUGGAAGCGACCGAGUUCUGUUCCCACGUGUUUGUUGCACAGUUUUGAAAUUUUCGAGUGGAAGGGUUACAAAGGUAGACGAGGAGAUGUAGACGUGGCCACCUACCUUAUAGCGAACGCUACUCGUUUGAAGAAAUCAAAAUUCUCGUCACAACCCCAUGAUGAUUCCGAGGGAGAUAGAAUACACCGCGACUUGAAUAGUUUGCAGGCGGCUUCAUCUCAUCUUA